CCAUCCAGUGGGUAGGUAAAGCGCUCCUAUACGGAAUCUUUUUGUCGCAAUUUGGGUGAAUAUUCAUCUUCAUAAAAUACAGCAUUAACGACGACACAAAAGAUUGUUGGAAUAAAUAUGCGAAAAUGUGAAAUGCGCUAGAAGAUUCUUAACCACGUCAGUGGACCUGUACAGGACGGCUCAUCGAAAUGGCAUGAAUGUCAACGGGUCAAGGUCCACUCUUUUGAUGCGUGCCAAGAUUUACCAACGUGCGUUUGCGAGAAUAAAAACCUGCCUUACUCAUCUAGGCAGCGCAACUGGGGUGAAGACAGAGAUAUCCUGGAAAUGCCAGAAUGGGAGAUUUAUGACCACCGCUUGAUUUUGCGCAUUGAGAGGAACUUUGAUUGAGAAGAAAAUAUGGAUUUCGUAUAUCAUCCUAGACCAGACAUGCUAUAUGAUGUGACUCUAAAGUACAGUAGAGACAAUUCCACAUUUUCUGAACGAAGAAAUACAUUUGCUGUUUAAAAGCUACUGAAUUGGAUACCGUCUCGGUAUACAGCCUGCUAUCUAAGGCUAGCGUCGGAUGGUGAAGAGAAGCGAUAUUCUACAAGAGCAUAUGAUUCGCAAGGCUGCUUGCAUGCUGACAUUUCCAUAUAUUUGCGAUAUAUCUGGAAAAAUUCGAUUAGCAAUGACUGACAAAUUCACUCCUGGCAGUUUACUCAUUCACUCAUUGGACAAAUGCUGUCAGCAAACAGUUAGCCCAGCAAUAUAAAACGAUUUGAUUUUGAUAUUUACUAUUUCAUCAUUAUAGACUAUAUCUAAUCACUGUUCAUCAUGUCGGCUGUAAUGAUAGCCAGAAAGGGUGCCCGAAAAUGGGAGAAGCUCCCGGGAAAGAACACUUUUUGCUGUGACGGCCGCGUUAUGAUGGCCCGACAGAAAGGCGUGUUUUACCUGACCCUGUUCCUCAUCGUUGGGACCUGCUCCUUGUUCUUCGGUUUUGAGUGUCCUUACCUGGCGGUCCACCUCUCCCCCGCCAUCCCCGUCUUCGCCAUCGUCCUCUUCCUCUUCGUCAUGGCCAUGCUGCUGAGGACCAGUUUCAGCGACCCGGGGGUCUUACCGCGAGCCCUUCCUGAGGAGGCCGCCUUCAUCGAGAUGGAGAUCGAGGCGGCCAAUGGGAACGUGCCCGCGGGACAGCGGCCCCCGCCGCGCAUCAGAAACGUCCAGAUCAACAACCAGAUCGUGAAGCUCAAGUACUGCUACACCUGCAAGAUCUUCCGCCCGCCCAGGGCCUCCCACUGCAGCAUCUGUGACAACUGUGUGGACCGUUUUGACCACCACUGUCCCUGGGUGGGGAACUGCGUGGGGAAGCGGAACUACCGCUACUUCUACCUGUUCACGCUCUCCCUCUCCCUGCUCACCAUCUACAUCUUUGCCUUUGACAUCGUCCACGUGGUGCUACGCUCCGUGGAUUCCGGGUUUGUGAACACUCUGAAGGAGACCCCCGGAACUGUGCUGGAGGUGGUGGUGUGCUUCUUCACCCUGUGGUCCGUGGUGGGGCUGACCGGCUUCCACACAUACCUGAUCUCCCUCAACCAGACCACCAACGAAGACAUCAAAGGCUCGUGGUCGGGGAAGAACCGGGUGCAGAACCCUUACAGUCACAAGAACAUCAUUAAGAACUGCUGUGAGGUCCUGUGUGGCCCACCCUAUCCCAGUGUGCUGGACAGGAGAGGGGUGGUACUGGUCGACGCCGCAGCUCUGGCUAAAUCUGAUGCUCCUGCCGCCUCCACUGCUGUCAACAAGGGGAGCAACCCUGUGCCACAGACCACAAAAACCACAGCGCCACUGAUUCCAAAUGAACACACUCCAGACGAUGCGAAGCCCAGCAUCGCAGCUCUGCCGGAGAAGAGCCAGUCGCCCCCUGAAGAGGAGAAAGCCGCCUCCCCAGCGGACGUGCCCUCCAAGUCCCCCACUGAUGUCCGAUUCCCCGAAGGCUCCAAGGAAGUGAGCCAGAAGUUGUAGAAGGUUACCCGGAGACUCAGCGCUGAGUUUCUGCUCCACUUUCAAAAUGCACUGGGCGUUUCAAGCCUAAACCCAAGCUGAGAUCCAGCUGAUCUAAACCUCAACCCUGGACCUGGACUCAAGAGAGUGUGAAUGUUUUGUUAUUGGUUGAGAGGCUUCCAGAGACAUCCUCCAUGCCGUGCUCUGGGCGUGGACGAAAGCCUUUGAGAGUAUGGAUCCAGCCGACUGUUCUAGGAUCAGCAGAUAAUAGCCUUCGCCGCGGCAACAGAACUACUGUCUUUCCUUUGAACAUUGCAUGAAAACAAAAAAAAAACAGUUAUACAAACAAGCGAAUGAUGGGGUAUCGAUGAACUCACUUUGAAAUGGCUGACCGUUCUCCAUUGAGCUGAUUGCUAGCUGCUGGCUGCGUGUCUGUUUUUCUCUUGUUAUUUUGUACGGCUUGAGAUUGCCAUCAGUUGAUGUUCCCUUAACCUCCCUUUUUUCAAAUCAAAUCAACUGAUUGAUCUUCAAAUGUGAAUAUCUGCCCUCUGCAAUUGUAUCCAGCGCAAUUGUAAUAGACAGUGCGCCCCCUGGUGGACUUGUGCAUACACAUCAAAACAUGCUUCAGAAUCAGCUCUCGGCUUCUGCUUACAGUACCCAAAUGUCCCUAUGCAAUACCUACAGAUAGGCACUAGAGCUUUUUGGUUGAGACAGUGGGCCAACACAGCUGUCAAAUAUAUACAUGUCUCUGAACUGCAAACUUUAAAGUUACUCAUAGAUUUGGAGUGGCAGUGGGGUAGAUUGCACAUAGAGAUAAUAUUAAUGUGUAACCAUAUGUAAAGAGGUCUUUGAUGUUCAAAUAAUGCUGCCGAACUACUGGUCUUUCCACUCUAUACUCAAAACUUAAAAUGGAAGCAGUCAAGGGGGAAUCGAAAGAGGAUAUGAGCUUUAGGACAUAAUAAAGCAUGUACAAUGGCAUCUAGGAAUCUAUGAAGAAGGACUGGUGAAUGGUGAGCAAUGGGAGAGUAAAGGACUUUAGACCAUGAUCCAGAUCCAUUCAGUAGUGUUUGCACUGAAGGUCCCUUCUCCUGAGAGCUAGCCGUUGGCUUCUCUGGGAGCUUCGGGUCGUCAGAAGUCCUCCGGUUCCUUCUUUAUACAUAACAUAGACGCUGUGUCCUUCCUAGCCCUUGCGUCCUGUCGAGGACACACCAGGACUGCUGUUGAUCGACUACUAGUAACAGUGCCUUAUCUACAAGCUGCACUAUCAUCUAUCAAGGCCAUCUGCAAACCAACUCUCCCAGGUCUCACCUGCGUGGUACUAUGUCUACUUGUACAGUGUGCAGAUUAGGGAAGGUAUACUCUAACUGUUCUCUUUUUUUAACUAGUACCAUGGAGACAAAGUCGAAGUGCACAGACAAGAGAAGUUAACAUGCAAAGCCAUUGUGUAAAUGUAUAUAUUGCAUAUGCUGUGUGGAAGUGCACAUGUGUUUGAAACUCCUCUGGGUCAUUUUGUUAUGAAAAGGGUGUUUUUUUCAGGCCGGACUAAAGCAUUUGUAAGUCUCUGCUGUGUGCGUAUUCACUUUGUUUUUGGACGAGGAGCAGGGGGAGGAAGGGAUGGCAGAUAGGUAACUUUGUCCUUAUCUGUGCAUGCGUGACUCGUUUCUCAAGGCCUCCGAGGGGAGCCAUUUUCAUUCUUGACAUACCAGGCCGCGUUCCGUGAAGCCUCACCCACCUCUUCUUUUUGCCAUUCAUAUUUUUCUCCUGUCAUUCUCCUCUCCCUCGCUUCUCUCUCUCUCUCUCUUCUCUCUCUCUCUUUCUCUCUCUCUCUCUCGCCACUGAGCAGCGGGGUUCUCUCCCACUCGGUGGAUGAAAGCAUGCUCACUCGAGUCCCACGCUGCACCAGCCUCUGAAGAUGUGUGUGCGGCGCUCUCAUUAUCUAGCAGUGAGACAUGAGGGACCCCCCCCCCACCAUCUUUUUCCACCCAUCUGUUCUCUGUUCAUUUCACACUAAGUAGAGAAAGAGACAGGAAUGAGAGAGUUCACUGCAGCAGUGGAUUUG